AUGUCCUCUAGGGGUCGCACUUCGUUGGUCAACGUGCUGUUGAGCACAAGUACCUUUACGACCGUCUUUCCGACUACCUCCACCGUCACCUCCUCGUCCGCCAUCGCCGGCUGCACGAUUGCGCAGUCCGCACAGAUUACCUGCAGUGAUGGGUACUACAAUACAUAUGGCAGCCGGUGGCAAGAGUUCUGCGCCGCUUCGGUCAGCGGUGGUACCGUCUAUAGCUCGGGCUCAGGCCUUUCGCUGCGGGCUUGUAUGUCAGGCUGUUCGGUCAAUUCGCAGUGUACCGGGGUCUUUUGGAAUUCCGGUGCUAAGAUCUGUUAUCUGAUGACUGGGGAUCUCACCAUCACUUCGGGCGGCCCGUACCAAGCAGCAUCCCGUUUGUCAGCCGAUGCCAGCCCUUGCGUCUCGACCUGGUUGGUUACGGAAACGGGCGCCGUGACUUCGACGGAGGAGGUCGUUUAUACUAUCACUACCACCUCAACCCUAUCUGCCUCGACUCUGCCGAUUCCGUCUUCUACUCCUGUGUCGCCGUCUUCUAUUCCCGUGCUGCCAUCAUCUAUUCCCGUGCUGCCAUCUUCUAUUCCCGUGCUGCCAUCUUCUACUCCUGUGUCACCGUCUUCUAUUCCCGUGCUGCCAUCUUCUAUUCCCGUGCUGCCAUCUUCUAUCCCUGUGUCGCCGUAUUCUAUUCCCUUCUCGUCGUCCUCUAUCCCCGUGUCGCUGCCGUCGACGCCACCGGGUAGCUCUUCGUCGACGCCCCUGAUUCUGUCCACUUCUUCUAGUAUACCAAGCCCGGUGUCUUCCCCGGUACGCUUGUCCUCGACUCCGUUGAUUCGCACUUCGACUAGCUGUUCCCUUGCUACCGGCUCUCCUUCGAUCAUUCCUUCCGGUUUAUCUUCCGUUCCCUCUUCCGGUGCUUCCUCCUUGCCCACUGGCUCGAACCCUUCCGAAACACAACCUAAAUCCAGCGCCACCUCGCUCGACUCUUCAACCGUAACCCCGGGUGGGUCUUCCACUUCGACUCAAUUCGCGGAUGGAUCAAGCGGGGGUGUGCCAGUCACUUCAACCUAUACUACAACGUAUACUGUCACGGAAACUCGGCCUGCACACCACGAGACGACAUAUUUAACCACUGAGACAAUCACCCGUGUAACGACAAUUUGUCCCGAGGGUUCUGAAGCCACGGCUCCCGCACAUGAAGGCUCGGGGACAGCCAUUACUCACACGAGCGUGACUCAAAACGCCAACCCCCAGCACACCACUACACAGACUGCUGGUGCUCCAACUCAGAAAACUCAGACCGAUGCAUACGCUUCCUCCAUGACUACCUCCACCAUCUAUGUUACAGAGAUCGACGUAACCACCGCCUGUCCGCCUUCUAUUCACAAUUGUCCCGUCGGACAGAGCAGCACUUACACCACGACCAGAACCGUCGCUACUCAGACGACAACGUAUUUGGUCGCAGUGACGGACUCUGCACAGGCCUCCGCGUUGAUGAACACCUCCGGCCAGCCCAUGAUUUCUCAGUCUACAGAUGUCUCUGUACAGCCGGCCGCAGUCCCCACUCUCUUACUUGCUCAGCCCAUUGCCCCCAGCCAUGACCAAACUGGCGACCACGCUCUUUCCGCCAAGCCCCAAGGUUCAGCUCCAUCAUCCAGCGCCCAGAAAUCCGGGUUCGCAUCCUCUGGCUCCAGCCAAGCCACUUCGCACGUUACCAUGAUGAACUCGGUCUCGGGAGAAUCGACCUCUGCGACGACGAGUGCCUCUGGAGCCGUCUAUACUGGAGAGGCUCCCAAGAUGGGACCUUUCUCUAUCCUGUUCACGGUCCUGAACGUGCUGCUCGCACUCCUUUUCCUUUAG